CGAAUGAAAUUCACAAACAAAGCGGACUUCAUUUCAUUCGAGAACCUCUGCGCUUUUAGUGAACGUCUAUCGAUUGGUUUGUGUGAGUGUGUUUCGGGGGUAGAAAAAUUACAAAAAUGGCAGUCAGCAGGCUUUCGAUUAUCAAGUUUUUAGAAUUGGCAAUCGCCGUUUGUUGUAUCGGACUUCACUACAAAAGUGUAACGAACAACUUCAAUGCUGACACUAUCUCGUGCGUGGCCUUCGGUGGAUACACCAUCAUUCUUAUUGGUGGAUUUGCAGGUUAUCUGAUGUCAACCCCAAUCAAUAGAAGGAUCGAUAUUUUCUUCUGCCUGGUUGGGUGUGCCAUUUUCGUUGCUGCUGGCGCUUUGAACAUUGAAAUCUACAAGGACUACAGAAGUACUGAGUGGAGAAACUAUGGAUUAGCCAAAGCUUCCCUGGCCAUCAUCAACGGUGCCAUCUUCCUUUUGGAUUCACUGCUGACAUGGCGCGGCGAUUUCUGAAUAUCUUAAUAUUAAUGCUAAAUUUAGAUUAUAUUUUUGUGCUAUUGCAUUCGAUAAUAAUGUGAUUUUUAACUAUAUAUUUUUAUACCGAUUUUAAAAAGUUGUAUAUUUUGAUAAACGUGUUCCACAAAAUCAACAAAACGAUCAAAUUUACACAAGGUACAAGUUUUAAAUGCAUGGCUUUAAUUGUCGCUGACGAGAUUUAUUUAUUAUUGCAGUACAAUAAUACUCGUAUAUGUAUUAAUGGAUAUUGUGCUUUCGAUAAAAAAACCGUAUAUUAGGUAGCAAAUAGACCUAACUUAUUUUUAUAUUCCUUACAACACGUACAAUUCUUACAAUUUUGACUUGUAUAUAAAUGUUAUUAAUUUAUCUGUUUGUACUUUUAUUGUUCUAUUAAUUCGUGAUUUUCUAUUUUUCUAAGCUAUAUAUGUAAUUGUUUUUAAGAAUAAAUGUGUUCAAAUUACUAAAAA